AUGCUGCACAAACUUCUGCUGCCCAUCGCUUUAGCAGCAGUCCUCAUCCUACCUGAGCUGUCAGGUGCUACAGCCACCAAAGCAAAAACUCAAGUGAAGAACAACUCAGGUGUGACACCCGCUGGGCAGUGUGGGACUUGGAUAAAGGAGCCUGAUGGAGGGUAUUUCACCUCACCCAACUUCCCAGAGAAAUACCCUGCUGAGAGGGAAUGUGUGUACAUUAUAGAAGCUGCUCCUCGCCAGUGCAUCGACUUGUUUUUCGAUGAGAAGUAUUCCAUCGAGCCGUCCUGGGAGUGCAAGUUUGACCACAUUGAGGUCCGCGAUGGACCCUUUGGUUUCUCGCCCAUCAUCGGUCGUUACUGUGGGCAGGAAAGCCCCGCCUAUGUCCGCUCCAGUGGGAGGUACCUGUACAUUAAGUUUGUGGCUGAUGGAGAACUGGAGUCCACUGGUUUCUCUGCCCGCUAUAACUUCACACAAGAUCCUGAGUUCAAAGAGCUUGGGGAACUUCCAGCACUGCCAUAUUGUGACUUCGAGCUGGGUGGUCCGGAGGGUUUUGUGGAAUCAGCGCAGAUAGCCAGAGAGGCCCGAGCCCUGCAGACUGAGGCUGUGGACUGCAGGUGGUACAUCAGGGCUCCACCAAGAGCUAGGGUCUACAUGCGUUUUCUGGAGUAUGAGAUGCACAACUCGAACGAGUGCAAGCGUAACUUUGUUGCCAUCUAUGAUGGCAGCAGUUCAGUGGAGCACCUGAAAAAUAAGUUCUGCUCGACGGUGGCCAACGAUGUCAUGCUGGUGUCCUCUGUGGGAGUGGUGAGGAUGUGGGCGGAUGAGGGAAGCAGGAAAAGCAGAUUUAAGAUCCUCUUCACAACCUUCCAUGAACCUCCAUGUGAAAGAGACACUUUCUUUUGCCAUAGCAACAUGUGCAUCAACCAAACCCUGGUAUGCAAUGGUAUCCAGAACUGUGUUUACCCGUGGGAUGAGAAUCACUGCAAAGAGAAGAGGAAAGCCAGCAUCCUUGACACUCUGGAUCACACUAACCUCACUAUUAUUGGAGUCACCUGUGGCCUGGUUGUCAUCUUACUCGUCAUCUCAGUCAUCAUCCAGGUCAAACAGCCUCGCAAGAAAUACAUCAUCCGCAGAGAUGACUUCGACCCUGCCCUCCUCCACCCCGGCUUUGAGCCCCCCCACUACGAGCUCUGCACUCUGCGCAGGGCUCCAUCCGGCGACCUGACAGACGCAGCCAUGGCCGAAGACUUCGAGAAGUUUCACAAGCUCCGCCGCUCCUCCUCCAAAUGCAUCCGUGAGCACCACUGUGGCUCGCACCACGGGAGCAUGCAUGGCAGUGUCCACGGUAGCCGCAGCAACCUGAGCAUGAGAGAGGCUACCAUUGUAUCGGAUGGUGUGGGGAUGGUGCCUCCGCCGCCGCCGCCCCCAAUGAUGAUGAGCCAGCAGUCUCCACGCCUCUCCCAUCACGUUACCCCAGCCAGUCGAAGGAGCAUCCUGGUAAUGAAACAUAGCUAUUCUCAGGAUGGGGGAGAGGGGUACAGAGCGGAGGAGGAGGAUGAUUUGAUGAUGGACGAUGGUCCCACCACCAGCAGGCACCACAUUCACCACCAUCAGAUCCCUCACGGCACGGCAGGGCUGGACCACACUGUCCACCGUACACUGUCUAAUGACUUCUAA